CAUAGCAUAAAAGAAAAACCACCUUAUAAUUUCGUAACAACCGGCUCAACUGGCUUGUGGAACUUUUUCAAUCCUUUCAUUAGUUCAUUUGAAAUGAGGGUUGCUGACAACGAUAUUAAUGGAAUCCCAGAAAACCGUAAUCUAUUCGCGAAA